GCUUUACGGAACUAGGGUUAUUUUGUUCGGUUUAAAAAUAGAAAGGUUGUUGGGGAAUUUCCUAGUUGUUUGUGUUCGACUAUAAUAGAUGCACACAUCACCUGAGAUGGCCAAGUUUCUCUGUGUGUGUGUAUCUGUGUACGUGUGGGGCUAUGUGAGUAGCUACCGCUAACGUCAAGUGUGACCACUUUCCUCGAUAUCAAUUCAAGGGCUGGACAUUAUCAGUCGCCGUUAGAGGCUGGACAUUAUCUAGUCGAUGCUAGAGGCUGGACAUUUUCAGACGAUGCUAGAGGUUACUAAUAAUGGACCGGGGUCAACAGUAGCUAAAGGUGAGUGGUUGUUGUAGUUUUAUUUAUUUAUUUAUAUCAGUAUCAAAUGAUGAAAGGAAACUUUUGAAAGGUAAAGAUAUUUAGUAAUCAUUUUACUUUCUUAGAAACAAUUAUUCCUCGAAAGAUGAAGAAUAUUUGCUCCUGGUAUUUCGUAGUCUUACGGUAAAAAAAAUAAAAUAAUAGAAAUAAAUUUUAUUGCAUCAAAACAGUAGUUCUAAAACACUUUCUAUUUAUAAAUAAUUCAGACCAGCUGUGAGGGGAGUUAAAACAUCUCAACGUCCAUACUUUGUGUUCUUAGGUGUAGAGAAAUGAGUACAAAGACCUGAUACUUUAAAAACAAAUAAGGGCGGGGGUCGGGGAUAGUGGCACAUUUGCUACCCUUCCACACCUAAAACAACAGUGGCAUAUUUGCUACUCUUCCACCCCUAAAACAAUAGUGGCAUAUUUGCUACUCUUGCACCCCUAAAACAAUAGUGGCAUAUUUGCUACUCUUCCACCCCUAAAACAAUAGUGGCAUAUUUGCUACCCCCCCCACCCCUAAAACAAUAGUGGCAUAUUUGCUACCCUCCCACCCCUAAAACAAUAGUGGCAUAUUUGCUCCCCUCCCACCCCUACAAAAAUAGUGGCAUAUUUGCUACUCUUCCACCCCUAAAACAAUAGUGGCAUAUUUGCUACCCCCCCCACCCCUAAAACAAUAGUGGCAUAUUUGCUACCCUCCCACCCCUAAAACAAUAGUGGCAUAUUUGCUACCCUCCCACCCCUACAAAAAUAGUGGCAUAUUUGCUACUCUCCCACCCCUACAAAAAUAGUGGCAUAUUUGCUACCCUCCCACCCCUACAAAAAUAGUGGCAUAUUUGCUACCCUCCCACCCCUACAUAAAUAGUGGCAUAUUUGCUACCCUCCCACCCCUACAAAAAUAGUGGCAUAUUUGCUACUCUCCCACUCCUACAAAAAUAGUUUAAAUAGAUCACACUAAAUGCCUUAGGUCUUAAUUUAUUUUUUUUCUAACAGUAUUCUUACAAUACGGUUCACAAUGAAUGGUCAUGGCAAGAGGUUAUCAAACUGCACUUCUUCUCGAUACCCUCAUCUUUUUUGGACGUCCGUUAAUUUGUUAUUAUGAUCAUUUAUCUAAUUAUAAAGCAAAAUCAUGAUGUCAAUUUUAAUCGAAAAAAAAAACGGAUUAGUAAUAAAUGUCUUGAAAUUAAAGAGUAUAAAAUGUCUGUUGAAUGUAAUCAAUUAAUAUUUAAAUACUAGCGAAUGUACCCGGCGUUGCAAGGCAUUGCAUUCAGAAAGAAAAAAAAAAAAAACUUCUACGGCCUUUUAAUUAACAUUGAAAUGAAGCGCCAAAUAAAAAAAAUAUUUGUAGAAAAAAAUAAUAAAUAUAUAUAUAUUGUAAAAAACUAGCGAAAGUACCCGGCGUUGCAAAGCAAUGCAUUAAAAAAAAAAAAAAAAAAAAAAACUUCUACGGCCUUUUAAUUAACAUUGAAAUGAAGCGCCAAAUAAAAAAAAUAUUUGUAGAAAAAAAUAAUAAAUAUAUAUAUAUUGUAUAUAUAUAUAUAUAUUUUUGUUUUUUUUUUCAAUAAUAUAACUACAUCUAAUCGCGAGGUCAUUACAUUUUUUUCUCUUUUAAAAAUAGUAAUUAAUUAUAAUAAUUUGGUAUAUUUUAUUUUUAAAGACAAAAUAAUGUGUCUAUUUGUCCACAGCGACCUAGUUUCUCAACAUCAAGUUAGAGACUGGACAUUAUCAGACGACGUUAGAGGCUGGAAAUAUCAGACGACUUAAGAGACUGGACAAUAUCAGACGACAUUAGAGGCAGGCCAUUAACAGACGAAACUACAGGCUCGACAUUAUCAGACGACAUUAGAGUCUGGACAUUAUUAGACGAUGAUAGAGGUUGCUAAUGAUGGACCAGAGUCAACAAUAACUAAAGGUGAGCCGUGCUUGGUGAUGUAUUGGCAAUUUGUAUUUCUUUAUUUAUAUUUAAGAACAUUUUCGAUAUUCCACUAAAGGAAAUUUGACCUUUAAAUGUAAAAAUGCAGUUUCUAAAAUGUAAUCCAAACCGUCAGAGGUCAAGGCCACAGCGCUGGGUGUGAGAGCCAGUCUGAUGUGUGCCAUCAUUCUCAUCUGCACCGUCGUCCUUGUCUGCAUCUGUCUCUUGAGAAGAAAACACGCCAGCGAUAGGUCGAGGACACAAGAAAGGAAGGCUCCAAGCAGCAAAGAGGUCUCCCAUGAUGACAACGAAUACAUCACUCCGAUUGAAGGUGACGUCUUGAAGCGUCUCUGGAUUUAACAACGUUGAUUGUAUAAACAUAUCAUUUUGUAAAAUAUUUAAAAUUUAAUGUAGAUGCUUUUUUUUAAAGUCAGAGUUUCCUCAUCCAGUUUCUGAAUUCUAGUUUCAUUCAAAUCAAGUCUGAGAAGAGAUCAGGGUUGUUUUUUUUUCGGUAGCGUGACGUACAUGUAACAAACAAUGUGUUCCCUCGGAAACCUUGAACAAUCUGCAGUCACAGAAAGUUGAUUGAGUAAAACCAUAAAUGCCAAAAUUACGGUUCCUUUUUGCUACGCUUGGAGUGAUGGCAAACUUGUAUACAAAUCGCUGACCCCAAAUUGGUCAAAUAUAACAGACAGAAAAAAAAGAAAUUCCUUAGAUAACUACCGGUAUUUUAAGUAGUGCUCAACUCAUUUCAUUCCAUGGCUACAAAAGAGAAAAUAAAAUGUUCAAUCUUGAAACCCAUAUCCUACAUUUAAAUUAGAUAUUUACAAAAGUGAAAAUAAAAUUGUGAAUCUUAAAAAGCUUGAGCCUACAAUUCAAUUAGAUAUUAACAAAAGUGAAAAUAAAAAAUUCCAAUCUUAAAAAGCAUAUCCUACAAUUAAAUUAGGCGAAGUCCCUUUAUUAUAAGUGCAAGUCUAAUUUUUCUAAAAGUUUCAAGGGAUCUGAAAAUAUAUUUAUAACACAUCUUUAAAAAGAUAUAUGUAUAACAAAAGAAUGUCUAACACCCGUGCAUUGACUCAGCAGGUAACAUGGGCCGGGUAACGUUUCUACUGGGAAGCCAUAAUGAAGCGCGCGUUAACCACAUACCACCCAGGGCGCUGCCUCCCUUACCCCACUCAGCACAGAACAGAGUCCAUCACGUGACGGAACUUUAUAUGGGUAACGUCAAUUAUGUUGAGCCCCAGACCGAUUAUCAUUGAGGGUCGUGGGCACAUCACAGUGACAGUGUCAAUCAUGAGGCCCUAUGUGACAGUGUCCGUCUUGAGGCCCCUAUGUGACAGUGUCAGUCAUGACGCUCUAUUGUCUUUGACACAGUUCAGAAGACACUCACAGCUGAUACAAAACCACAGUGGACGCAGUCUUGAAGUGGGCGCAGUCUUGCAGUGGACUUCAAGUGGACACAUAUUAUCAGUAUACAAUAACUAUCUGUGGACAGAGUGCACCUCGACUGACUUAGAGCAGCAAGUGACCUGUUCCGACCUCGACAGCUAGUGACCUGUACUGCUGUAGCUUCUCCAAAGUCUCUAUUUAAACCUACACAUCACUUGAUAUCAGUGUUAAAACAUUUUUCAAGGGCACAGCCUUCAACUACGCUACUGAUAGUGUCACAAAAGUUUGUCCGCUUCUCCAUUAAAGUUUUUUAAGACA